AUGCACAGAGCGUGGAUUCUCUUCUUCCUCAUCGAAGAAGGUUUAGCUCUUGCACAGAGGACUAAAGACGUCCCGAGCGAGCAUGCAGGCCAGGUCGGGAGUCAGAAAGAAUGCGGCACGUGGGUCCGCAAUAUCAACGGAGGGGUGUUCACGUCCCCGAACUACCCCACCACCUACCCACCCAACAAGGAGUGUGUCUACAUCCUGGAGGCUCUCCCCAGACAAAGGAUUCAGUUGGUUUUCGACAAGAACUACUACAUCGAGCCGUCGUUCGAGUGCCGCUUCGACCACAUCGAGAUUCGGGACGGACCGUUCGGCUUCUCGCCUCUGAUUGACCGCUUCUGUGGAGGAAAGAACCCGGGCCUGGUGCUGUCCACGGGUCGCUUCAUGUGGAUCAAGUUCAGCAGCGAUGAAGAGUUGGAGGGUCUGGGCUUCCGCAUCAAGUACUCAUUUAUAGCAGACCCUGAUUUCCAUCUCCACGUGGGCGGACUGCUGAACCCCAUCCCAGAUUGCCAGUUUGAGAUCGGAGGCACGGACGGCAUCAUCCGGUCCAGUCAGGUGGAUGAGGAGGAGAAGGUGAAGGCCGGAGAAGCCCUGGACUGUAUCUGGACCAUCAGGGCUCCUCCGCACUCCAAGAUCUACCUCCGCUUCUUGGAUUAUCAGAUGGAACACUCCAACGAGUGCAAGAAAAACUUUGUAGCUGUGUACGAUGGGAGCAGUGCCAUCGAGAAUCUGAAGGCCAAGUUCUGCAGCACGGUGGCCAACGACGUCAUGUUGGAGAACGGAGUGGGAGUGGUGCGAAUGUGGACGGACGAGAAGAGCCGAAUGAGCCGCUUCCGGAUGCUCUUCACCUCGUUUGUCGAUCGCUGUCAGGGUGAAGUACAAACCAAGCAACAGGAGAAUGAGGAGGAGAGAAGGCUGCAGGAGAAUGAGGAGGAGAGAAGGCUGCAAGAGAAUGAGGAGGAGAGAAGGCUGCAGGAGAAUGAGGAGGAGAGAAGGCUGCAAGAGAAUGAGGAGCAGAGAAGGCUGCAAGAGAAUGAGGAGGAGAGAAGGCUGCAGGAGAAUGAGGAGGAGAGAAGGCUGCAGGAGAAUGAGGAGCAGAGAAGGCUGCAGGAGAAUGAGGAGGAGAGAAGGCUGCAGGAGAAUGAGGAGGAGAGAAGGCUGCAGGAGAAUGAGGAGGAGAGAAGGCUGCAGGAGAAUGAGGAGCAGAGAAGGCUGCAGGAGAAUGAGGAGCAGAGAAGGCUGCAGGAGAAUGAGGAGCAGAGAAGGCUGCAGGAGAAUGAGGAGGAGAGAAGGCUGCAGGAGAAUGAGGAGGAGAGAAGGCUGCAGGAGAAUGAGGAGCAGAGAAGGCUGCAGGAGAAUGAGGAGCAGAGAAGGCUGCAGGAGAAUGAGGAGCAGAGAAGGCUGCAGGAGAAUGAGGAGGAGAGAAGGCUGCAGGAGAAUGAGGAGGAGAGAAGGCUGCAGGAGAAUGAGGAGGAGAGAAGGCUGCAGGAGAAUGAGGAGGAGAGAAGGCUGCAGGAGAAUGAGGAGGAGAGAAGGCUGCAGGAGAAUGAGGAGGAGAGAAGGCUGCAGGAGAAUGAGGAGGAGAGAAGGCUGCAGGAGAAUGAGGAGGAGAGAAGGCUGCAGGAGAAUGAGGAGGAGAGAAGGCUGCAGGAGAAUGAGGAGGAGAGAAGGCUGCAGGAGAAUGAGGAGGAGAGAAGGCUGCAGGAGAAUGAGGAGCAGAGAAGGCUGCAGGAGAAUGAGGAGGAGAGAAGGCUGCAGGAGAAUGAGGAGCAGAGAAGGCUGCAGGAGAAUGAGGAGCAGAGAAGGCUGCAGGAGAAUGAGGAGCAGAGAAGGCUGCAGGAGAAUGAGGAGGAGAGAAGGCUGCAGGAGAAUGAGGAGGAGAGAAGGCUGCAGGAGAAUGAGGAGCAGAGAAGGCUGCAGGAGAAUGAGGAGCAGAGAAGGCUGCAGGAGAAUGAGGAGGAGAGAAGGCUGCAGGAGAAUGAGGAGGAGAGAAGGCUGCAGGAGAAUGAGGAGCAGAGAAGGCUGCAGGAGAAUGAGGAGCAGAGAAGGCUGCAGGAGAAUGAGGAGCAGAGAAGGCUGCAGGAGAAUGAGGAGGAGAGAAGGCUGCAGGAGAAUGAGGAGGAGAGAAGGCUGCAGGAGAAUGAGGAGCAGAGAAGGCUGCAGGAGAAUGAGGAGCAGAGAAGGCUGCAGGAGAAUGAGGAGGAGAGAAGGCUGCAGGAGAAUGAGGAGGAGAGAAGGCUGCAGGAGAAUGAGGAGGAGAGAAGGCUGCAGGAGAAUGAGGAGGAGAGAAAGCUGCAGGAGAAUGAGGAGCAGAGAAGGCUGCAGGAGAAUGAGGAGGAGAGAAGGCUGCAGGAGAAUGAGGAGGAGAGAAGGCUGCAGGAGAAUGAGGAGGAGAGAAGGCUGCAGGAGAAUGAGGAGGAGAGAAGGCUGCAGGAGAAUGAGGAGGAGAGAAGGCUGCAGGAGAAUGAGGAGGAGAGAAGGCUGCAGGAGAAUGAGGAGGAGAGAAGGCUGCAGGAGAAUGAGGAGGAGAGAAAGCUGCAGGAGAAUGAGGAGCAGAGAAGGCUGCAGGAGAAUGAGGAGGAGAGAAGGCUGCAGGAGAAUGAGGAGGAGAGAAAGCUGCAGGAGAAUGAGGAGGAGAGAAGGCUGCAGGAGAAUGAGGAGGAGAGAAAGCUGCAGGAGAAUGAGAAGCAGAGAAGGCUGCAGGAGAAUGAGGAGGAGAGAAGGCUGCAGGAGAAUGAGGAGGAGAGAAGGCUGCAGGAGAAUGAGGAGGAGAGAAGGCUGCAGGAGAAUGAGGAGGAGAGAAGGCUGCAGGAGAAUGAGCAGAGAAGGCUGCAGGAGAAUGAGGAGGAGAGAAGGCUGCAGGAGAAUGAGGAGCAGAGAUGGCUGCAGGAGAAUGAGGAGCAGAGAAGGCUGCAGGAGAAUGAGGAGGAGAGAAGGCUGCAGGAGAAUGAGGAGGAGAGAAGGCUGCAGGAGAAUGAGGAGGAGAGAAGGCUGCAGGAGAAUGAGGAGGAGAGAAGGCUGCAGGAGAAUGAGGAGCAGAGAAGGCUGCAGGAGAAUGAGGAGCAGAGAAGGCUGCAGGAGAAUGAGGAGGAGAGAAGGCUGCACUGA